CUGGCGGCUGAGCGGUGGGAGUUUUCGGCUGGCGCUCGGCGGGGAAUUAUCCGAGGAGCCCUAACUUGUAUAAAAGCAGAGUCCAUUUAAAGUUGGGCUGGAUAGCCUCUCUCUCAUUGGUUAGGGGGCUUGGAAAAAAGAGACUCGGCGAGCUCUCGCUGUGGUGCUGCCGCCGCCGCCGCCGCCGCCGCUGGAGUUGACUCUUCUGCUCGCACUGCUGCUGCAGCACAAACGUGACUUCCAACAUUUUUUAUUUAUCUUUCCCUUUUCUUUUCCAAGAUGUAACUACGGAUCAGACACUAAGGACCUUCACGUUUCGCUGAUGUAGUUUUUGGAGGAAAAAGGGGGGGGAGUGAAGGGCGUCGGUUUUUUUUUGUGUGUGUGUGUAUGUGUUUCGGGGGAAAUUUUCCAUUAUUAGUGUUUUACUAAAGUGAUUUUUUUUUUGUUUGCUUCGUUCGUCUUUGGCUCUUUUUUUUUCCUUCCCAAUUUCGGAUUUAUUUCAAGGCGAAUCUGGCUUUGGGGGAAGAGGAAGAAAAGUCGGAUUACAAGAUCAACCACCACCAACAACAAUAAAAACCACCAGGAUAUUUUUUUGCAAAUUUCUGACGGCUUUAAAUUCAUGAAGCAAUUGUCCCCUUUUGCAAUCAGCAUUUGGAUCUCAGAAUGAGCAAGGAAAGACCCAAGAGGAAUAUCAUUCAGAAGAAAUACGAUGACAGUGAUGGGAUUCCGUGGUCAGAAGAACGGGUGGUACGUAAAGUCCUUUAUUUGUCUCUGAAGGAGUUCAAGAAUGCCCAGAAGAGGCAGCAUGGGGAAGGCAUUGCUGGGAGCCUGAAAACUGUGAAUGGGCUCCUUGGUAAUGACCAGUCUAAGGGAUUAGGACCAGCAUCAGAACAGUCAGAGAAUGAAAAGGACGAUGCAUCCCAAGUGUCCUCCACUAGCAACGAUGUUAGUUCUUCAGAUUUUGAAGAAGGGCCGUCGAGGAAAAGGCCCAGGCUGCAAGCACAAAGGAAGUUUGCUCAAUCUCAGCCGAAUAGUCCCAGCACAACUCCAGUAAAGAUAGUGGAGCCAUUGCUACCCCCUCCAGCUACUCAGAUAUCAGACCUCUCUAAAAGGAAGCCUAAGACAGAAGAUUUUCUUACCUUUCUCUGCCUUCGAGGUAAGACUUUGCAACGAUCAGCGGAGGUCUGCGUGGAACCUACAUGUUCUCCUGCGCUGCCCAACAGCAUGGUGUAUUUUGGAAGCUCUCAGGAUGAGGAGGAAGUCGAGGAGGAAGAUGAUGAGACAGAAGACGUCAAAACAGCCACCAACAAUGCUUCAUCUUCAUGCCAGUCGACCCCCAGGAAAGGAAAAACCCACAAACAUGUUCACAACGGGCAUGUUUUCAAUGGUUCCAGCAGGUCAACACGGGAGAAGGAACCUGUUCAAAAACACAAAAGCAAAGAGGCCACUCCCGCAAAGGAGAAGCACAGCGAUCACCGGGCUGACAGCCGCCGGGAGCAGGCUUCAGCGAACCACCCCGCAGCGGCCCCUUCCACGGGUUCCUCGGCCAAGGGGCUUGCUGCCAACCAUCACCACCCCCCUCUGCAUCGGUCGGCUCAGGACUUACGGAAACAGGUUUCUAAGGUAAACGGAGUCACUCGAAUGUCAUCUCUGGGUGCAGGUGCAACCAGUGCCAAAAAGAUGCGCGAGGUCAGACCUUCACCAUCCAAAACUGUGAAGUACACUGCCACGGUGACGAAGGGGGCUGUCACAUACACCAAAGCCAAGAGAGAACUGGUCAAGGACACCAAACCCAAUCACCACAAGCCCAGUUCCGCUGUCAACCACACAAUCUCAGGGAAAACUGAAAGUAGCAAUGCAAAAACCCGCAAACAGGUGCUAUCCCUCGGGGGGGCGUCCAAGUCCACCGGGCCCGCCGUCAAUGGCCUCAAGGUCAGUGGCAGGUUGAACCCAAAGUCAUGCACUAAGGAGGUGGGGGGGCGGCAGCUGCGGGAGGGCCUGCAGCUGCGGGAGGGGCUGCGGAACUCCAAGAGGAGACUGGAAGAGGCACACCAGGCGGAGAAGCCGCAGUCGCCCCCCAAGAAGAUGAAAGGGGCGGCUGGCCCCGCCGAAGGCCCUGGCAAGAAGGCCCCGGCCGAGAAAGGUCUGCUGAACGGACACGUGAAGAAGGAAGUGCCGGAGCGCAGUCUGGAGAGGAAUCGGCCGAAGCGGGCCACGGCCGGGAAGAGCACGCCAGGCAGACAAGCACAUGGCAAGGCGGACAGCGCCUCCUGUGAAAAUCGUUCUACCUCGCAACCGGAGUCCGUGCACAAGCCGCAGGACUCGGGCAAGGCCGAGAAGGGCGGCGGCAAGGCCGGGUGGGCGGCCAUGGACGAGAUCCCCGUCCUCAGGCCUUCCGCCAAGGAGUUCCACGAUCCGCUCAUCUACAUCGAGUCGGUCCGCGCUCAGGUGGAGAAGUUCGGGAUGUGCAGGGUGAUCCCCCCUCCGGACUGGCGGCCCGAGUGUAAGCUCAACGACGAGAUGCGGUUUGUCACGCAGAUUCAGCACAUCCACAAGCUGGGCCGGCGCUGGGGCCCCAACGUGCAGCGGCUGGCCUGCAUCAAGAAGCACCUCAAAUCUCAGGGCAUCACCAUGGACGAGCUCCCGCUCAUAGGGGGCUGUGAGCUCGACCUGGCCUGCUUUUUCCGGCUGAUUAAUGAGAUGGGCGGCAUGCAGCAAGUGACUGACCUCAAAAAAUGGAACAAACUAGCAGACAUGCUGCGCAUCCCCAGAACUGCCCAGGACCGGCUGGCCAAGCUGCAGGAGGCCUACUGCCAGUACCUACUCUCCUACGACUCUCUGUCCCCAGAGGAGCACCGGCGGCUGGAGAAGGAGGUGCUGAUGGAGAAGGAGAUCCUGGAGAAGCGCAAGGGACCGCUGGAAGGCCACACAGAGAACGACCACCACAAGUUCCACCCUCUGCCCCGCUUCGAGCCCAAGAAUGGGCUCAUCCAUGGUGUGGCCCCCAGGAACGGCUUCCGCAGCAAGCUCAAGGAGGUGGGCCAGGCCCAGUUGAAGACUGGCCGGCGGCGACUCUUCGCUCAGGAAAAAGAAGUGGUCAAGGAAGAGGAGGAGGACAAAGGCGUCCUCAAUGACUUCCACAAGUGCAUCUAUAAGGGAAGGUCUGUUUCUCUAACAACUUUUUAUCGAACAGCGAGGAAUAUCAUGAGCAUGUGUUUCAGCAAGGAGCCUGCACCAGCCGAAAUCGAGCAAGAGUACUGGAGGCUAGUGGAAGAGAAAGACUGCCACGUGGCAGUGCACUGCGGCAAGGUGGACACCAACACUCACGGCAGCGGAUUCCCAGUAGGAAAAUCAGAACCCUUUUCGAGGCAUGGAUGGAACCUCACCGUCCUCCCCAAUAACACAGGGUCCAUCCUGCGUCACCUCGGUGCUGUGCCUGGAGUGACUAUUCCCUGGCUAAAUAUUGGCAUGGUCUUUUCUACCUCAUGCUGGUCUCGAGACCAAAAUCACCUUCCAUACAUUGACUACUUACACACUGGUGCUGACUGCAUUUGGUAUUGCAUUCCUGCUGAGGAGGAGAACAAGCUGGAAGACGUGGUCCACACUCUGCUGCAAGCCAAUGGCACCCCAGGGCUGCAGAUGCUGGAAAGCAACGUCAUGAUCUCCCCGGAGGUGCUGUGCAAAGAGGGGAUCAAGGUGCACAGGACCGUGCAGCAGAGUGGCCAGUUUGUCGUCUGCUUCCCGGGAUCCUUUGUGUCCAAAGUGUGCUGUGGGUACAGCGUGUCUGAAACCGUGCACUUUGCUACCACCCAGUGGACAAGUAUGGGCUUUGAGACCGCCAAGGAAAUGAAGCGUCGCCAUAUAGCUAAGCCAUUCUCCAUGGAGAAGUUACUCUACCAGAUUGCACAAGCAGAAGCAAAAAAAGAAAACGGCCCCACUCUCAGUACCAUCUCAGCCCUUCUGGAUGAGCUCAGGGAUACAGAGCUGCGGCAGCGAAGGCAGCUGUUCGAGGCUGGCCUCCACUCCUCCGCGCGCUACGGCAGCCACGACGGCAGCAGCACGGUGGCGGACGGGAAGAAAAAGCCUCGAAAGUGGCUGCAGUUGGAGACGUCGGAAAGGAGGUGUCAGAUCUGCCAGCACCUGUGCUACCUGUCUAUGGUGGUACAAGAGAACGAAAACGUCGUGUUCUGUCUGGAGUGUGCUCUGCGCCACGUGGAGAAACAGAAGUCCUGCCGAGGGCUGAAGUUGAUGUACCGCUACGAUGAGGAACAGAUUAUCAGUCUGGUCAAUCAGAUCUGUGGCAAAGUGUCUGGUAAAAACGGCAGCAUUGAGAACUGUCUCAGUAAACCCACACCAAAAAGAGGUCCCCGCAAGAGAGCGACAGUGGACGUGCCCCCCUCCCGUCUGUCAGCCUCUGGUUCAUCCAAAAGUGCUUCGAGCUCAUCAUGAAGAUGCCAACGCCCGUGGUCGAUUUAUAUAUAUUUUUUUGUAAUUAUUAUAUUCUAGUUUGGAGUACUUGCUGUAGGAUUCAAGCUGUCUUUGCACUAGCUCUAAAGAAGACUUUCUUCUGGUUUUAGAGAACUAAUUUUGUUUUAGCAUUAAACUGUUGAACUUUUUUUUGUACUUAGAAAACCUAGAUACUGCAGUCAGAUUUUGGAAACUGCCGUAUAGUCACUGUUUUAAAAACCCUGGAGGGGCUGUAUUAAUUUGUAUUGCCCCAUGGCUGACAAAAGCCUUUUUUUGGUUUUGAUUUUUUUUUUUUUUUUGGUAACUGUUGGGGGAAAAAAGGCUUUUUAACCCAUUUUUGAAGAGGGUGAAGUUUGGAGAACAAAUUUAAAAACCAUCAGUCAUGUGAGCAGAUUUUUUAGAAGGGAUAGGAGACACACACGUGCGCGCGCACACACACACACACACACACACACACGAAACUUGAAAUGGCUUUGCUUUGGCUGUCGUCUUCUGCCGUGUGCCAGAUGAGCUUGUAAUCUGGGAAGCCGGGGCACCCCCGUUUUGUUUCUCUGGGCGGUUGUGGCAGCUGAAGGCGGACGUUGUUUCCUAACCAUAGGCGGAACGAGGAGACGGGAGCGAGUGGGCUCUCCACCAGCACAUCACUAUGCAUCUGUUCAAGGAAAGAAGAAAAGCGAGCGAGGAAGACGGAAAAGACUGCCUGCCUUGGAGGGGUCACAUGAGGGAGACCUGUGCCUGAUUUCAUUAGGAAAUCCAUUCUGUUAUUUUUUGGUGCUGUUGGCUACUUUAUCAAAAAACCCUUCAAUAGCAUCCUUAAGAUUUAAAAAAAAAAAAAAAAAAAGGAAAAAAAAAAGGAAAAAAAGUGAUGGAAGCCGUAAGUGCUUCUUUGUCAUCGACGUGCAAUCUUUCUAACAUUCCAUCUCCAUCUCACUGCUUCUUGUUUGACACCUUCACAAGUCAGCAUUAAUCUUUCUUUUAAAAUUUGUUUUGUUUAUGAUCAUGUAGAGAGCCGCUAGGAGGCCUGCAGUUAUUUUUGAAUGUGAAAAUGCAUUUGCGUUCAUCUUGUCUAUUUUUUCUCUUCAUGUUGUAACAAAAAGGAAAAAAGAAAAAAAAAUCCCAUCCCUUUUGUACAUAUGCCUGUAAAUUGUUUUAAAUACUUGAGCCUUUUUCUCGGUGGGGGGUGGGGAGGGGGGUGAGAAGACAAGAUGAAGAAAAGCCUUACAUUUCAGUUUCUUCAUCGGUUGGAUUGGAUGCUUACAGGGUUUUUCUUGUAACAUUUAUAAGUGCUGCUUACAUCACUGAACAACAAAAAAAAAUAAUAAUGGAGUAGCUGUUGCCCUUCUCCGGUUGUGUGUACAGUAUGUGUGGAAUAAAAAAGGGAAACUGUUUUCACAAGCUGUUCUUUGUUUCAUAAUUGGAUUCAUCAAUCCCGUAGCUACCCAUAUUGCACUGAGCUUGCCAGUGGUGACUGCCAGGAACGUCCUAUGAUCCACUUUGUUGGUUGUUGUUGCAGAAGACUGAACUGUUUUGGAAUAUUUAACAAUUACAGAAACAGUCAAGUGUUUUCCAAUGUGGUUGUCCGGUUUCUAUGGCCUUGCUGUGUACUUUCCCUCUUUUUGACAGUAAACUUCUGCCUAUGGCUUACAGUUUGACGUUUAAUUUAUUAGCGCUGCUCUGCACCCCUCCCUUGGGAGGGAGACUUCAUGUGGUUUAUUGCGAGUUUUUUGUUUACUUUUCAGGUUUGUACUACAAGGUUUAAUAAUAAAAACAAAGUUUUUUGGACAUUUGUCUGUCUUGUGGAA